AAACACCAAACCCUCUCAUUUUCUCUCCGUCGAUCUCCGAUGAGCAGCAACGCCGCAGCCCCCGGCCGACUCGCCAGCGAGGUGCAGACCAGCCGCCUCAACCACCCGCUCCCCCUCCCCUCCGUCCUCAAGUCCCCCUUCAAGAUCGCCGACGGCCCCCCCAGCUCCGCCGCCGGCAACCCAGAUGAGAUCGCGAAGCUUUUCCCGAAACUUUUUGGCCAGCCAUCGGCAAUGCUGGUCCCCACUGGAUCCGUGCCCUCUGAGAUGACCGGUACGCUGAAGGUCGGCGUCGUGCUCUCUGGUGGCCAGGCUCCCGGCGGCCACAAUGUCAUCUCUGGAAUCUUUGAUUACUUGCAGAAUCGGGCGAAGGGGAGCACAGUGUAUGGGUUUAAGGGAGGACCGGCAGGGAUCAUGAAAUGCAAAUACGUUGAGCUUACGCCUGAGUUCAUCUAUCCUUACAGGAAUCAGGGUGGAUUUGAUAUGAUAUGCAGUGGAAGGGACAAGAUUGAAACUCCAGAACAGUUCAAGCAAGCUGAAGAUACAGCAAAGAAACUUGACCUGGAUGGACUUGUUGUUAUUGGUGGAGAUGACUCAAACACUAAUGCAUGCCUUCUUGCUGAGAACUUCACGCAAAAGAAUAUCAAAACCCGGGUUAUUGGAUGCCCGAAAACAAUUGAUGGGGAUUUGAAGAGCAAGGAGGUUCCUACGAGUUUUGGGUUUGAUACGGCCACUCGUCUCAAACUAUAUAUAGGUUGCAUACUGGCAUCAUUUCCUCCAGUAUUGCAGAUAUAUUCCGAAAUGAUAGGAAAUGUCAUGACAGAUGCUCGAUCAACUGGAAAAUACUAUCACUUUGUUAGGCUUAUGGGGCGUGCUGCUUCUCACAUCACAUUGGAGUGUGCUUUGCAGACACAUCCAAACAUUACAAUCAUUGGAGAAGAGGUGGCUGCUAAAAAGCAAACUCUUAAAACUGUUACAGAUUACAUUACUGAUGUAAUUUGCAAGCGUGCUGAACUUGGCUAUAACUAUGGUGUCAUCCUUAUACCAGAAGGUUUAAUUGAUUUUAUUCCUGAGGUUCAGCAACUCAUUGCAGAACUUAAUGAAAUCCUAGCACAUGAUGUUGUUGAUGAAGGUGGUCUGUGGAAAAAGAAGCUACGAGAACAAUCCCAACUUCUAUUUGAAUUUCUUCCCCAAGCAAUCCAGGAGCAACUGAUGUUAGAGAGAGACCCGCAUGGAAAUGUGCAGGUUGCCAAAAUAGAAACCGAGAAGAUGCUUAUCUCGAUGGUUGAAACUGAAUUGGAGAAAAGAAAGUUGGCCGGAACAUAUAAAGGACAUUUUAAAGGACAGUCUCACUUUUUUGGAUAUGAAGGAAGAUGUGGUUUACCAACAAAUUUUGACGCAACUUAUUGCUAUGCAUUGGGUUAUGCAGCUGGCGCUCUCCUCCACUCCAGAAAGACUGGCCUCAUUUCCUCAGUUGGCAACUUAUGUGCCCCCGUUGAAGAGUGGACUGUUGGAGGGACUGCAUUGACCGCAUUGAUGGAUGUUGAGAGGCGACAUGGUAAAUUCAAGCCAGUGAUCAAGAAGGCCAUGGUGGAGCUUGAAGGUGCACCGUUCAGAAAGUUUGCAUCCAUGAGAGAUGAAUGGGCCCUCAAGAAUAGGUACAUCAGCCCAGGCCCUAUUCAGUUUAUCGGCCCUGGAUCAGACGACCUCAGUCGCACUCUGCUCCUGGAACUCGGUGUUCAGGCUGCAUAGACGUCUCUUGGAGUAGCUAAUUUCUUUAUUUUUCCUUUUAUUUCUCUCGUGAGGCAGUAAAGCGAAUAAAUGUGAUGAAUAAAUCUUGUAGGAAAUAGAUUUCAAACAUUGUAUAUGUCUUGUUUCUUCACAAGCUACCUAGUGUGUAAGUUUCCGCAAACUGAGUGCCCAAAUUGGCUUUCUUCCUCUUUGUGAUAUAAACUGAAGCUAGUUUUUACAAAUUUUUUUCGUUUAUUCUAAUUAACAAAUUGGCGGAGCAUUGAUCAUUCUUA